CUUGAUGAACAAAAAAAUGUACUCCAUAAUUUUAUAGUUUGGUGCAGCAUCAAAGUAUCAAACGGUACGCCAGAAGAGCGAGCAAGUUCUAGCUUCUGGCCUCCAUUCUUCAUUUCUUCCGUAUCCAUCCGGCAGUGUAGCUCCCUCCAGGAGAAGUUCAAACACAAUGUCAAUGGAGGGGGGUGAUAACCACAAUGAUUCCGAGGAUCACAUAAAAAAUGCUAUGGAAUUUGAGAAUCAUCACGGUGGCAUAAAUGAUAAGGACAAUUCAGGUCUCACUAAAGAGAGUGCUUUGCAUUAUAGUGACCAGUUUACAAGCGACAGCAACGAUGAUUUUAUACAAAUGGUUGUAGAACUUAAUUUUCAGAAUGAAUAUUUGAAGUAUCAAAUUUUGGGGUUGAAACAAGCCCAUUCACAUUACAUUCCGAGCCAAUUAAAUAAUAUAGUGGAGCAUGAAGUUGGCUCAAAUGCUGAUACCAGAGAGUUUCAUGAAAAGAUGGAACACUUAGAAAAACAGCUUUUAGAGGAAAGACAAACCCGUAGUGCUGCAGAGGAAGCUGUCAAGCAUCUCCAAACAGUGUACUUAGAAGCUGACAGAAAAGUCCAAGUGCUUUCAAAUACACUUGCUGAAGCCCAACAGAAGAUGGAGCAAGAACUAAAAGACCGCGAUGAGAAAUAUUCUGAGCUUGACUCUAAGUUUACCAGGCUUCACAAGCGAGCUAAGCAGCGUAUUCAAGAUGUUCAGAAGGAGAAAGAAGAUAUCGAGGCCCAGUUUCGAGAUGUCAAUGAGAAAGCUGAAAGUGCUUCUUCUCAGCUAUCAGCAUUGCAGCAAGAACUGGAGCGCAGUCGACAGCAAGCACAGGAAGCACUUAAAACAAUGGAUAUGGAGAGGCAACAACUACGGAGUGCAAACAAUAAGCUUCGAGAUAAUAUUGAAGAACUGCGUCGCUCUCUGGCACCUAAAGAAAAUGCUUUGGAGGAUUUACAACAGUCGCUUGUGGAAAAAGAUCAGACGUUGGAAAACAUGAGGGGGUUGCUAAAGGCUGCAGAUGAGAAAAGGCUAGCAUCAUUGAGUGAACUCUCUUCAAAGCACCAGCAGGAAAUUGAGAACUUGGAAGCCCAAAUUAGAGAUGCAUUAGCUGAAAGGAGCAAAGCAGUUGAAACAAUAUCUAGUCUGAGGGCUACAGUAGCAGAGAAAGAAUCUAAAAUUGCGGAGGUGGAAGCAGCUUCGAGUGGCGAAGCAGCACGUCUAAGAGCUUCUAUGGAAACUGUAAAAGGGGAGCUACUUCACCUGAAAAGUGAACAUGGGAAAGAAAAGGAGAGUUGGGAAGCUACCACUCAAUCACUCAGAACAAAGCUGGGGGUUGCUGAGAGUAACUGCAUACGCUCUGAAAUAGAAGCUGCCAAAAUGCGAAGUAAACUAGAAUCAGAAUUAUCUGCUCAAAGUCAGCUGCUGAAUUCAAAAGAUGCUGAACUAGUAUCGGCAGAAGAGAAGAUAAGUCGCCUUGAAAGUGAAUUCACUUCUUACAAGGUUCGUGCUCAUGCUCUUCUUCAGAAAAAGGAUGCUGAGCUGGCAGCUACAAGAGAAAAUGAACAGGUUCGAGUACUGGAGGAGUCGCUGAAGGAAAUUGAGAAUGAACUGCUGUUGGUAUGUACUGAAAGGGACAAAGCUCUUGAAGAAUUGAAGGAGAGUUUGGCGUAUAACCAGAAGGAACUUGCUGAAAGAGAUGCAGCUCUUAUUACAGCAGAGAAACAGAUUAGGAGCUUGGAAUCGGAACUCAAUUCUGCACUCUCAGCCCAUCAAAGGGAAAAGGAGAUGUGGGAGAUAAACCUUCAAAAUGUGGAAGAAACUUGGCGAUUGAGGUGUGAUGCACUGAAGGUACAAAAGGAGGUGACUUUAAGUGAAAACAUGCAAAAAGAACUUCUGGACCUAAAGUUACAUCAUAAGAAAUUAAAGGAUGAGCAUGCUACAUUUCGUGAUCUUGCUGAUAAAAUGAUUGAAGAGAAGGACGAGGAGAUCUCCAGACUUCUAGAUGAAAUUAAGCAUAUCCGCCAUUCACUCUCAAAGCAAGUAACUGAUCAAAAUAGCAACUAUGAUACUGCAUAUGAGAAGCGAGAAGCUGCUAAUACCUCAGCUGCAGAACAUCAGAUUCUAAUUUUGGCAAGGCAGCAAGCUCAAAGAGAGGAAGAACUUGCACAAUCACAGCGUCACAUUCUUGCACUUCAGGAAGAAAUUGAGGAGCUUGAACGUGAAAAUCGUCUCCACAGCCAGCAGGUAUCCAUGUUAAAAGAUGAGCUUCGGAACAUGGAUAGAUCACAGAAGAGAGAAGGCGUUGAUUUAACUUAUCUUAAAAAUGUCAUCUUGAAACUUUUAGAGACAGGUGAAGUUGAGGCGCUGCUACCCGUGAUUGCAAUGCUACUGCAGUUCAGCCCCGAUGAGAUGCUCAAAUGUCAGCAAUCGUACCGCUCUACCACUAAUGUUCCUGUCAGCCCAGCCAGCGAUUCUUCUGGAACGGGACUGUCUCUAUUAUCUAGAUUCUCAUUCUCGUGAUAGCUACGAUGAACAGGUGAUGGCACCUUAUUGUUCAGGAUGUCUGAUACUGCUGUGGGCAAAUUUGCCCAUGCAGAAAUCGUUUCCGCUGCUGAAGUACUUUAUAUGCAAUUAUCUGUAACAAUUGCCAUCGGUUCACAAUUUUCUUUUUCCUUUUCCAAGUUGUAGAGAAUCAUAUUUCAAAAGAAAAGAAAAUUGCAUGAGAUAUAGAAUGAAAGAUAAGAUCAAUACAAUUUUAUUGUAUGUAUUAUUGUAUU